AUGGCUACCUCCAUCAGCACAAAAGUGACAACGAGAGACGUCAGUGGGUUGUCCUUGAUAGCAGCACACUCUCACAUUACGGGUCUCGGGUUAGAGGACAACUUACAACCCAAGGAAAAUGCACAGGGACUAGUGGGCCAGUUGCAAGCCAGAAAAGCAGCAGGCAUCGUUUUGAAGAUGGUUCAAGCAGGCAAGAUUGCCGGGCGAGCAGUGUUGAUAGCUGGACCUCCGUCGACAGGUAAAACUGCCAUUGCCAUGGGCUUAUCGCAAUCCUUGGGAUCCGAAGUGCCCUUCACGGCGCUUGCCGCCUCGGAAGUGUACAGUUUGGAAGUGUCAAAGACGGAGGCAUUGACACAGGCAUUCCGCAAAUCGAUUGGCAUCAGAAUCAAGGAAGAGACGGAGAUAAUCGAAGGGGAAGUUGUUGAGAUUCAGAUUGAUAGAUCGAUAACUGGCGGCCACAAGCAGGGUAAACUCACCAUCAAGACAACCGAUAUGGAGACUAUUUACGAGCUUGGCAACAAGAUGAUUGAAGGGUUGACCAAGGAGAAAGUUCUCGCUGGAGACGUGAUAUCGAUUGACAAGGCCUCGGGCAAGAUUACAAAGUUGGGCAAAUCGUUCACAAGAGCAAGAGACUAUGACGCCAUGGGGCCCGAGACCAAGUUUGUCCAGUGCCCCGAGGGCGAGUUGCAGAAGAGAAAAGAAGUUGUCCACACCGUUUCUCUUCACGAAAUCGACGUGAUAAACUCGAGGCAACAAGGGUUUCUAGCCUUGUUUUCUGGCGAUACUGGUGAAAUCAGCUCCGAGGUGCGCGAUCAGAUAAACACAAAAGUGGCCGAGUGGAAAGAGGAAGGCAAAGCGGAGAUUGUGCCUGGUGUCUUGUUCAUUGAUGAAGUGCACAUGUUGGACAUUGAGUGUUUUUCAUUCAUCAACAGGGCCUUGGAGGACGACUUCUCCCCGAUUGUGAUGAUGGCGACCAACAGAGGGAUAAGCAAAACCAGAGGAACCGACUACAAGUCGCCACAUGGGAUGCCGUUGGACUUGUUGGACAGAUCGAUAAUCAUCCACACCACCACCUACACUGGAGACGAGAUAAGGACGAUUCUUUCAAUCAGAGCCACCGAGGAGGAAGUGGAAUUGAGUGCAGACGCAUUGGCCUUGUUGACAAAGAUUGGCCAGGAGACAAGCUUGAGAUACGCCAGCAAUUUGAUCUCGGUGGCUCAGCAGAUUGCUUUAAAGAAGAGAAACAGCCAAGUUGAACUACAGGACAUCAAGAGAGCUUACAUGUUGUUUUUGGACUCGGAUAGGUCUGUACAGUACUUGGAAAAGAACUCGUCGCAGUACAUUGACGACUCGGGCAGAGUAACCAUUGGCGACAAGGACUUUAAGCACGAGGCCAGCAAACCUGAAACUGAGUCGGAAGCCAAACCAGAAGCCAAACCCGACACUGAGUCAGAAACCAAACCUGAAACCAAACCUGACACUGAGCAGGAAACCGCCAACGGGCAACCAAAAGACGAAGACAAAAUGGAAACCGAUUGA